CGGCGCUACCCCAGAAUGCGCCGAGUUUCCCCGAGAGAUCCCGAGUCUUUCCGAAAAUAGCCGAGCACUGCCGAGAGCGAGCAACAGAAAUGUACAGGGUCGGCUCCGAGCCUGACCGAGUGGACCCGAGUCCGUCCGAGCUCUCCCGAUGCCGCUCCAGGCGAAGGAGCUGAUCUCGACUGAAUCCCCUGCCCCUCCUGGGUGACCCGAAUGCGGACUGAUCCGGGCACCCGAGGGGAGCCGAACCCCUGCGAGUGUUCGCCCGUCUCACCCGAGCGUCGCCCGAACAGCAAUCCCAGCGGAUUGAGGGGGAGGGACCCGAACCUGCCCGAGGAGAUCGGAGACUAGAGCCGAUUAGAGUCGAGCCUGCCCGAGUCCUCCCAGCUCGUCCCCAUAGCAGCGGGGAGCCGAACCGAGCCGAGCCCCCUCCGAUCUCACCCGAACGGCCGGGCUGGCCAGGAAGCCGAACGGACAGCGCCCGAGUCUGCCCGAAGCAGAACGAACCCAGCCGAGCGCGCGGGACGCCCGAAGGCCGCGGGGCUGAAGGGGAAGUGGCGGGCUCCUUUCCGCCCUCACAGCGCGCGAGAAUAAGCGGCAAUGGCUGAAGGCGCCCGAAGCCCCAGUGGCGCACGGGAUGCCGGGAUGCUGGAGGACUAAGAGGUGGCGAAGGAGGGGGGGGACAUGGCUGCUGUCAGGAGAGUGUUGCCAUGGUUACUGCACGGCCCUGGUUACGUGACAAUCAACGCCAGCCGGCGCGCGGCACCAGGAGGCGAUGGGGGUUAUUACCUCGGACGGUGCGGUACCGUUCACUACACGGCGGCGACGGGCUCGGGUGGACCCCGAGGGGGAGGGGGCAGCGCUGGAAGAACUUCAUCAGUUCUGUCGUCUGUUCCCUUACAGAUCCUAUUCUAUUUAAAUGGAUUUUAUUACAUCUUUUAUUUCUUGGCAACGCUUCUAAUGAUUAUUUAUAAAAAUCAAGUUUUCAGUUAUCCAGAUAAUUACUUGGCUCUUGAUCUUGGGCUGCUGUUCGUUAUGGCCAUUCUAGAAGCAAUCCGAUUAUACUUGGGUACAAAGGGUAACCUGACAGAAGAAGAGGUUCCACUAGGGGUCAGUCUAGUGAUUACUGUUGGCAGCAUAAUGUUGUCUGUCUACUUCCUGGUGUGGGAAACUUACGUGCUAAAAGCAGACGUCAUAAUUAACGCUAUUCUUCUUUUUACGUAUGGACUUGAGGGACUACUACAGAUUAUAGCCAUUGCUGCAUUUGUCAGCUAAAUCUCUGCUGCUCAGAGUUGUAAGGUACAUCUGCUUCCAACAUUUCUUCAGUAAAGAGACAACAUGCAUCUUUAAAGUCUAAAAGUAUUUGGUUUCACUUUCUCCAGUGUAAAAUAUUGUGAAGAAACUCAUCCUUAUAUUACAGGGUUUAAUAUAGCCCUACUCCAGCACAGCCCCCCAUGAAUAACCAGCUAAAAUAUCCUGUACAGUAGCUCUGUUCCACUGUUUGACUAAGUAGUUCAUUUAGUGGCAAUGGCCCUGCUUCAGGAAAACACUUAAGCACAUGCUCCGCUUUAAAUCUGAGUAAUUCCAUUGCAGUCAAUGGGAGUGCUUCUGGGCUUAAAGUUACACACAUAAUCAAGUGUAUUCCUGCAUUGAGUCCAUGUCCUGACCUGCUGUGCCUAAAGAUGUACAUGUGUAUUUAAUCAAAAUUCUGCAUCAGAUAUUUGUAUCCAAAUUAGAACAAAUAUAAACCAGCAUAUUACUCUAGUUGUAUGUUGGUGCAAUACCCAGGGCCAGCUCCAGAGUUUUUGCCACCCCAAGCGGCAAAAAAAA